AAGACGAGACCGGACUUGAAGUUGCUGGAUGCAGGCACUCGAUUGCUCAAGCUACUUUGAACAUGUUCAGAGGAGAAAUUUAUGGCUAUGCUCACUACUUGCAUAUGAAUUUUUUACAACCACAUAAAGUUAAAUAUAUGUGGGAAGAUAUUAUAUGCAAAUAUUGGCCUUGGGCUCUACGUGUUACAUCGGAAGAAAAUCAAAAUGCGCUAAAAAAUAUUGCACCAGCACUGUCUAUAAUGCAUGGGAAAUCACACAGUUGGUCAUGUCAGGUUAUUUGGAGCUAAAGAUGACAAAGUGGUGCGGCAGCAACUGUUGGCGAAGAAGUUGAGCAAAAAAAUUCGUAUUUUUCAAGACUUGGCUCGACUACUAAAAAUAUGACGGCCUCCGGACGAGAAGAAUGCAUUACUGAACAUCUUCUGAGUUGGAACAAGCGAAAACUUUUAAACUUGGCAAAAUCACUUGUUAUUCAAAUGAAAAAGGUUACAAGUUGUAUAUGUCUUCAGUUAAUUGUCAAAAUUAUACUAGUGUGAGUUCAUGAUUCUAAAGUGUGCUACGUACGUGUAUAAAAUGGCAUGAAAUUACAGUUCAUAGUUGUGUAUAGGUCUUAUUUGAACCCAAUACGUUUACUGCAAUAAUAUGAUUCUUUUUCACUAUUUUUCAUGUGUACUUGUAUUUCGAAGCCCGAAAAGCAACUUUCAUCUGCCAGGGACGAUUUUGUAAAGUUAAGAAGCGAACUUAAUGUCCAGGAUUCAGACUUGGACGACUCGAUAAUUCAGUGGAAAGAAGUUCAACAAUUUGCCAGAGAACAACAAAUUGGAGUUUCUUCGUUGAAAGGUGCCGCCGAAGAGUUCUUCCUUUUGCAUCAAACUGUUGAAAAUGCUCAACAUUUGGAGAAUUUUGUAAAAGCCAACGAUGAUCAAAUGCAGACAUUAUUGGGUGAUAGGCGUUUCGUUCAUGACGCUCAAAACAGAGUGGAACAACUUGAACAAAAUGCAAAAAGAUUGCUUGAAUUGAAAAGACAGCUUUUACAUGGACAUGUGAGAGAGGAGCAGCUUCUUGAGCAAAGAAAGUCGUAGCUGGCAAAAAUCACAGUAGCAAAGCUGCAGAAGAGAUUGGAAAUGUUGUAUUUUUCAGUCACUAGACGCACAAAAGAAAUAACUUCUCUUGCUGGAAACGAAGAUGGAAAAGUUCGUUGAAUAUCUACCAAUAAAAAGUUUUCCUUGGUAUGAAACUCUGUUGCUUAUUCUAUUUGGCGUAUUUGGCACUAUCGUGAUUGGUUUUUCAGUAAUCUUAAACAGUCAUAAUUCAUUUCAUUGUUUUAAUGAGAUUAUAUCAAAGACUAAAGAAACCUCUCUUAUAAAGAAUAUUGAAUCAAGUUGUUGGAGACAAUACAAAAAUGAUCUACUGUACAGCCAGCAUAUUGCUCUGAUGGUGACUCUGAAUGUGGGUGUUGUCUUACUUUUGAGUGUCGUCUAUGGAUAUUUUAUGAAGCAUCGAGUUAAAAGGCUUGAAAACAUUGAUCCAUCAAUCAACAAUAAUAGUGAUAGAGAAAAUUUAAUGGCACAAUAUCCUCAAGACGCUCACUUCAGAAACGCUUCAUUUCAUAGUCCAUUUUGCCUUUAUUCAACAUACAUGUUUUAUUUAACUAUUCGGCUUAUCAGUUUGAUCAUAUUUGUUACCAUGUUUUUCAAAGCAAAAUUUCCCUACAACUUCUCAUGUUCGCUGCAUGAAACGUCAGCUUUCACUUCGUUCAACGUCACAAUUGUAAAUUGUAAAAAUGAUGGUGGGGAUGAAAGUGAAACCAUAUUCUGUAUUGUUGCAACUGUUGAUGUUGUUGUGAUGAUACUGACAAUUUUUGAGUUGAUAUAUUUGGCUUAUAUGUUCUACAAUUUCAGAUGUUUUGCAUCAGAAAACGAAUUUUUCACGGUUUUCAUCUUGCAAAAACGUAGCGUGUUUCCAAAAUGGUUGGAAAAAAUGAAAAAAACCUACGAAGAAUUUGAAAUGUCUGAAGACUUUGGUGGUGAUAAAAAGGACUGGCGCAAGCUUGACGAUAUUUAUGUGAACGUCAUAAUGCAAACAGGAAGGCAACGUACGAACGCUUACCCAGAAGCUUUUAGAAGGCAUGAAAUUUUUGAUUUUCAUCUCAACGUUCAAAGCAAUGCCCAAAAGUUGACAAAAGUGACUGAAAUUUUUAAGCCAAUCAAGGGUGAGCAAGAGUCGUUAUAUCCACGUUCUAUUUUGGUUAUUGGUAGGCCAGGAAUUGGUAAAACUAUGUUAGCAAACAAAAUUAUGCAUGAAUGGAAAAAUAAUAAAGAUGCAUUUUGGCAUGACAAAAUAGUCUUGUUAUUGCGAUGUCAUGCUCUAAAAACUGGAUCAAUAACACUGAAAAAUAUGUUAAUUGAUUGCGAUGGAUUGCCAAGCGAGAUGUUUCCUCAAAUUUACGAAAAUAUUCUUAACUAUCCAGAAAAAGCUGUCUUUAUCAUUGAUGGUCUUGAUGAAUUGUCUAUAGAAAAUGAAGGUGUAAGAACUGCUGGCCCUGCACACCACAACGCUGAAAUGCCAGCAUUUCAACUUUUAAGUAUGUUGCUAAAAGGAAAUCUGCUACAUGGUAGCACUGUUCUUAUAACAUCACGACCUACAGCAGAAUAUGCGUUUGAUAAGCUAAAAUAUGGUAGGACUGUCGAAAUUUUGGGCUUUUUUGAGGAUCAGAUUAAGGAAUAUGUCGACAAAUUUUGCCAGGAAGAUAAGCGUAGCAGAGAUUUGAUUUUGAAUUGUAUCGAUAGUUCUAAUGAAAUUCGUAGCUUGUGUUACAUCCCCGUCAAUACAUAUAUUGUCUGUCUGACGCUAAAAGAAUGCUUUAUAAAUGAUGCAAAGGAUAUUCCAAAAACUACCACUGAAUUGUACAAAAGAGCAGUCAAAAUCUUAAUUUGGAGGCACCAUCCACGUUGUAAAGAUGGAUCAAUACCAAAGCCUAACAAAGGAUAUCUUGUUAAAAAAUUGCCGAAAGAACUUGACAAUGACAUGAAGAUAUUGAAAAAUCUGGCAAAAAAAGGAAUUGAGACCGGGAGUUUGAUUUUUGAUGAACCAAAUUUAGCAGAUAAUAAAAAUUUAGCCGAUUGCGGCUUGUUUCAUCAAUUACCAGAUAAACGACGUGAUUUUUAUUGUUUUCUACAUUUGACUCUUCAAGAAUUUCUUACUGCAUGGUGUGUUGUUGACAAUUGGCGAAACAUUGAAAUAUUUUUGGAUGAUCAUGCUGAAGAUUCAAAAUGGUACAUGGUGAUAGAAUUUAUUGCUGGUUUAGUCGGAGAUACAAAGAAAAGAAAAAAGAUUGAAGACAUCAGUGUUGUUACAAAGAGGUUACAAAAUUGGAUCUCAAAUUUAUUUCUCUCUGAUGGUAAUAAAGCACUUGGUUUUCUUGGAAUGAAGUGCUUAUACGAAUUACAAGAUGAUGAUGAGAUGAGAUCAGCUUGCAAAUCAAAUAAUUUUUCCGAAAGAAUAUCCAUUGAUAAGGUUUCUUUCACGCCUCUUGAUUCAAACGCCCUCUUCGAAUUUCUCUCUGAGUGCCGACAAUUAAAAGAACUCAAGUUUUCUUCAUGCCAAUUUCUUGAUAAUCAUAGCGUCGUUAGAUUGUCAAAAUAUUUGUCAAAUGCAACAGCAUGCAAUGUAAUCUCUUUGAAAAUUUACUCGUGUGGUGUUAAUAAUAAAUCAAAACAUCUUAGUGAAGCUUUGAAAAUAGGUGAUGAAGAUGCGAAAUAUCUUAGUGAAGCUAUGAAAACUGAGAAUUGUAAACUUACUAAAUUGGAUCUUAGUUGUAACAAUAUAGGUGUUAAAGGUGCUAAAUCUCUUAGGGAAGCUUUGAAAACUAACAAUUGCAAACUUACUGAAUUGUAUCUUGAUGAUAACAAUAUAGGUGAUGAAGGCGCAAAAUAUUUUAGUGAAGCAUUGAAAAGUGAGAAUUUUAAACUUACUAAAUUUGACCUUAGUAGUAACUAUAUAGGUGAUAAAGGUGCAGUAUAUCUUAGUGAAGCUGUGAGAACUGAGAAUUGUAAACUUACUGAAUUGUAUCUUUAUAGUAACAAAAUAGGUGAUAAAGGUGCAAAAUGUCUUAGUUUAGCUUUGCCAAGUGAGGAUUGUAAACAUACUGACAUUAGAUAUUAACUUUAACCAUUUAUAAUAUAGUUUAAUUUGUAAAUAACAUUAAAUAUGCUUAAAGAAUAUAUAUUUGAGCUUACAGUGGGAAUAGCCGGUAAAAAUAUUUUGAUAAAAUUAAUUAUACUGUCUUAUUUUAUUUGCGUGUAAAAAGCACUUGUCUUUAUAUCAAUUUAUGAUCUUUUUUCUAGCAUGAUUUCAAUGCUGAAUCAAUGUUCUACAUAAUAAAUAUUUUAAUCAAA